CCUUCCGUCGCCCAGUGCGUGUGUUUAGUACUACAUUACAAAAAAAAAUAAAUUGAUAAAUGUGCAACGCUAACGGUCGUUUACACAAUUAAACAAAGCCAUAUUUGGGUACAUCGCACACACACACAAACACACGCGGCCACGCUUACAGUGGUACAAACAGUAGGAUUAAGUAUAAAGUCGUGCGUCUAAUUGCCGCAGUAAAGCAAAUCACAUACAACAACAAGAAAUCGAAAGAAAUAUAUCAGCAAAAAUGAGCGGCCGCGGGAGCCGUAAGCGCGGUCGGCCGCCAAAGACGCCUAAUGAGAGGUCAACAGGACGCUUCAACUAUCAACUGCUCAAGAAGCCAAAGUAUCUAAGUGAAGGAAAAUCGCAGCCAAGCACGCCGUCCGCGUCGCGAGCCAUCUCACCACAAAGCGAUGAAUGCAGCCGCAGCAGCAAUAACAAUCGCAGCAGUCGCGGCAGUGGCGCGAAAAGAGGACGCGGACGAAAGUCAAAUGUACAUGCCAAUGCCAGUUAUUCCAGCAGAAAAGGUUACGAAUCGGAGUAUCACUACGGUUCAGAUUUCGGUGACUCGGAUGAGGAAAAAUCAGAUAAUGAAGAUGAUAUGUUGCUUACGCCAAGUGACGAUGAGAGCUUAGAAGAGGCCAACGAGAGUGAGUCUGAGUUCUCAGUAUGCAGUUUCACACAAAACGGGGUAGGACGACCACCGCGACCGCCCAGUCCGGAACCUAUUUGGCUGCAAGAAGGUCGGGUGUUCGCAUCUCUCGAACUGCCAGAGUCUUCAGAGGAUUUAUUCGUGGGCAACAGUCACGUUCUGUGCGCACUCAGUAUAUACGAGGUUUUGAGGCGUUUUCGCCACCUGGUUCGGCUUUCGCCAUUUCGAUUUGAGGAUUUUUGCGCGGCUCUAAUGUCCGAAGAGCAAAGCGCGUUACUCACUGACAUACAUAUAAUGCUGCUUAAGGCUAUAUUACGCGAGGAGGAUGCCCAAGGAACACAUUUUGGCCCUCUAGAUCAGAAGGACACGGUCAACAUUAGUUUAUAUUUGAUCGAUGCAAUUACUUGGCCGGAAAUUUUGCGCAGCUACGUUGAUAGUGAUAGGCAAUUUGAUCGUCAAGUGCAUGACAUACUUUCUCAAGGUGAAUAUCCCUAUACGGGAGUGGAGCACCGACUAACUGUACUGCAGUUCCUGGGCGAUCAGUUUCUACUUGCCAACUCGGUGCGAGACGUAAUGUUGCAAGAGGGGCCUAUACACUAUGACGAUCAUUGUCGCGUCUGCCAUCGCUUGGGUGACUUGCUGUGCUGUGAAACUUGCCCCGCUGUCUAUCAUUUGGAAUGUGUGGAUCCCCCUAUGAACGAUGUGCCCACUGAAGACUGGCAGUGUGGCCUAUGUACCUCGCACAAAGUUGUUGGAGUUGUUGAUUGCGUGUUGCCGCAGGAAAAGCAGGGAGUGCUUAUACGGCAUGACAGUCUUGGCGUGGACCGACACGGUCGAAAGUUUUGGUUUAUUGCACGGAGAAUAUUUGUGGAGGAUCAAAUCGAUGGAAAGUGCUGGUACUACAGCACAACAAGCAAGUUGGAAUUAUUGCUAAAAAGGUUGGAUCCUGAUGAGCUAGAGGUGCGUUUGUAUGCCCAGCUCUUGGAGCGUAAAGAAGAAAUUGAGCGCCAAAUGCAGUUGACAGAAACGCUGACCAAUGAGCACAAACAUAACAAGCGCACGGUGUUGGAACUGGAGCAAGAUGCUACGCGUGAAUUAUUGGACAAAGAAACAGCAAAAGGGGAGCCAGAAGUAGACGCUGUCAAACUAGAAACUGAUGAGGCGGCUAAGAAGCCGGAACAUAAUAAAAUGGUCACACGGCAGAAAACGAACCAACUUAACAGUGGAACACUGUACUUUAAGCUUGGUAUGGAACAGGGCUACAAGAAUUAUGUAAAUCAAUAUGCUACAAAUGCCAUAGCACUAAACAAACCGCAACGCAAUGAAGAACGGGAUAAGAGGCGCCACCUCUCACACAAGUUCUCGCUAACAACAGCCUCUGAUUUCAAAUGGAUUGGUAUAACAAUGGGCACAGCUGACAACAUUGUUCAGACAUUACGUCAGACUUUGAUGAAUUUUGAAUCGAACAUUGCAGCGCCUUUUCUCAAUCCCAAUUGGGUGAUUAACAAAAAGAUCUGGAACAAUGCUGUUAUGAGUGCGAAACGUGCCUCAGAUUUUGCUGCUGUGCUCAUGCUGUUCCAGGCCUCGCUGAAGAGUGUAGUCUUUGCCAAUGUGUGGCAUGAACAGCUGGGCCACACGGCCCUGCAACGCAUCACUAGUGCAGAACGUGAAUGGCGCAAGAAGCUGGAGAAGCGUGAGAAACGUGAGCGAGAUGAUGAAGAGGAACGCAACCGACUGGCUUUUAAUUACAUUAAAUACUCGCUAGGCCUGAAGCACCAGGUGUGGAAGCAAAAGGGUGAAGAGUAUCGCGUGCACGGACAAUGGGGUUGGCUCUGGUUGUCAAGCAGUCGGCGAUGUGGAGUGCGCGCUCGACGUGCUCAGCCCCUCGUUCAUAAUCGGGUUUAUGUGCACUACACGUUGGAAAAUGAAGAAGAUCCUGAGCAGGCUGUUGAUGAAAUAAUUUUAGUUGACCCACGCACCCAACGAUUUAUGCAACAGUGCGAGUCCAUCAAUGCAGAGGGCCAGGUAUGCCACUACUUGCCGGAGCAAUAUAAGAACGUCAAAGUUAUUGAAGAUGUAAAGGAACGCGUCAAGGGUAACAUUGAUGUGAGCAAAGCGCUGAACGCACCGGGUCGUAGCUAUUAUCCUAAAGUGGCUAGGAAAUGUCGUGUGGAUGAUUUACUUGAGCGUCGCAGUAAAUUGAUGGAGGUUGAGCAUCAACUGGCUUCCAAUUCAGAGGCAGAUAUUAAACCUUUGGUAAUUACAUCUAACAGUGCAACGAAUAGCACCAAACAAACCUAUCUAGAGAAACGUCUGCUGCGAUUAACCGAAACCUCUGGCAAGAGUAGCCCACAUUCAUCCAACGUGAAUUUUGAUCUCGUCAAUUCGCUCGCCAAACAAAUACAAACCGUGCGCCUCCAAUUCAGUCAGCUCAAUCGGUUUGCCAAGACAUUCCGCUGUUAUACGAAGGAAUGCAACACAAACUCAAACGCUGUUUCGCAAAUAACGCAAAAUACUUGUUAUUCGCCACUUUGUUUGCAAAAAGCACGCGCCAAGAAAGAGUUGUUACUACUUCUACGAAAGGCACAUACUGCGGGAAAUGGGUCCAAGGAGACAGUUGCAGCUAUUCUUGGUGCCGUGAAAAAACCUUCCAUACUUGAGCAAAAGUUGACAGAAGGUAAAAAAGAUGCAUCGAGCUUGGCCGUUGAUGACGCGGAUGAUGCAAAGUUGGUGGAAGGUGAGGCACCUUUGGACUUGUUGCAAGACUGGGAGCAAUCGCGAACUGUUGCUGUAUCCUUUAGCGAACAGUUGCUUACCGAUUGCUUGCUAAGCGACGUUGAACUAUCAGCUACAGUUAAAGUAGAAGAGCCAAACGUUUCAAGCAAUGCAAAUGUCGACAAUAGCACACAAGACUCCGACAAAAUGGAUUACAUUGAAAGCAUGGAUGUGUGCAGUAAUGUGGAGAUUGAGAGUACUGAAGAUUCCCUUGUGGCAGCGGCAAGUGCCGCAAGUUCUACAGUUAAUGCUGAAGAUGUGGACAUGUCGGCCGGAUCCCGGCGAAAGCGCACACAGAAGCAGAAAAAAGCUUAUAUAGGUACAAAAGAUGUGCUCGAUCAGACAUUGGACAAGGACAUACCGUUGAACAAACAGAAUCGUCGCUUUCCAAUCACGACGCGUGCUGUCAAGCGUGAGGAUGUUACAAAAUAUGAACGCGAGUACUUUGAGAAUGGUAAGGAGCGUAUCUACUCGGCGACAUCACCACGUGGACGAAUCUACUUGCUGCGCGAUGCGUCAAAAUUAUACGAGCAGAACAUCAAAUCAGAGGACAAGGCAGUCGUGACAAAAAAGCCCGCCUAUUCGCGGUAUCCACUCAUUUCCAAUUUCCUUACGCACAAACAAAAGCGCAGCUUAUUGGUUUUACCGCGUUACGAGCUCCUGAAAUUGGCACGCCUCGCUGGAAAGUCUCCCGCCAGUGGCUUUCACCAUGCGGCUAAGAAUAACUCCAUUUGGCAAUAUCAAUGCUCACGUCCACUGUUUCGCACUUGUUGGUCCUACCGCACAUCCAAUGCAACAACAUUGUCUUGCAUAGCACUACAGUUACGUAUUUUGUGGUCGUGUCUACGAUGGGAUGAUAUGAUUGCCAAGCCACCAUCCGCUGAUGGUAAACACCAGGUGACUUCAGAGACGGAAAUUGUCACCGUUGAAUUGUUGAAGCUGCGCCAUGCCGGUCGUUAUGGGGAGAAGACAAGCUAUUUGAGGCGCAAGGUCGUCAUACCCCUGGAGAUGCCGAAAACAAUUAGGGAAGUCACAUCCAUACGUUCAGGCUUGCGGAAACGGAAACGCGCUGAAUCGCCACAACCAACCGAGCCACAAAUCAGCGAGGAAUGGGUAGAGGAGGACAAACUCGAGCUGUGGGAAAUAAAGUUCAUUGGCGAAAAACAAGAAAGAGCGCGCCUGGCCACAGUCACGCGAUCUGUGGCAUCCCGUCAAUUGGAAGCAACUAACGCAGCUGGAACGUCUGCCAAUAGCGCCAACGGUGGACGUGUAUUGUUAGCAUCAAAGCCCAAAGAAGAUAUGAAAGACAAAAUGGAGCAACAAUUAAAACUACAACGCGCUGUGCAUCAGCAGCGUAAAUCGUUGAAUACCAAUAGUGAAACUAUGUACUCGGACUCUCCAGCCAAGGGUCAAAUGUUGAGCAGCAGACGCGUUGUGCUGCGCAAUCCUGACGGAACAACUCGCAUCAUUCAACAAGCCGUCACGCAAAUGGCACGUCCAAAAACCCUGCCAUCCACAAUCUCUUCAAAUGCAGCUUCGCCUAUGGCAUCAGCAUCAACAGCGGCAGCACCAGCAACACCAACAGCUCAAUCUACACCACAUAGAGUACAAAUUAUACGUGGACCCGACGGCAAAGUAAGCGUGCGGGGUCUGAAUCCAGGACAGCAGCUGGUACAAAUGCCGGACGGCAAACUACAUGUCCUGACGACGACAACAUCCACAAAUCCAAAUGCAGCAACGCAGCUGGCAACCGUCAAAGGUAAGUUGCCAAUCAAAACCCUGGCUUCAGCAACGUCCAGUCCUACAACAACAUCGACUACUGCCACAAACACUUCCGGCACCGCCGCCACUCCUUCGGGCUCACCAGUGAUUAAGCAAAUAGCAGUGAAGAAUGUGACCAAACCGUCUGUGGCACAGGCUAUAGCGUCAUCGCAACGUGUCACUUUACCAUUGGCGCAGGUGAAAAAUAAAUUACUAAUGGCGCAGCAGCAACAAGCGGCAGCAGCAGCUGCAACAGCAACAUCAUCGCCCACUGUACAGAAACUUGUACAGCCUAAAGUUGUGGGCACCACCACGCCACCAUCACAAAAUCUGCAGCAAGUUUUUGUGCAGCCAGGCUCUAAAGUGGUGGUCGGUCAAAAUGCACAAGGUCAGAAAGUCAUAUUGACAGCUUCAGGAUUACAGCAACAGCAGACAGUUCAACCGCAGCAGCAAAUUGUACAGACACAAGUGUUGCAGCAGCAGCAACAGCAACAAACAACGCAACAGACACAACAAAUUGUUGUUAAUCAGGUGAGCGCACAGCCUACACAAAAGGUUAUACAACAAAUAGUGAACACCAGCAAUGUGCAACAGCAAAUUGUGGUUGGUGGGCAACGCAUAAUACUGAGCCCGGGUCAAACGAUUGUCACACAGCGUAAUAUGCCGCAGAGUCAAGUACAGCAAAUGGUUCAACAGCAAAUACAAGCUCAGCACCAACAACAGCAGCAGCAACAACAACAACAACAAACUGUACAGAUACAGUCGCAACAGCAACAACAGCAACAAUAUGUUGUGCAAAGCAAUCAAACAAUUCAAACAACGCCCAAAAUGGUGAAGCAACUGGUGCUGCAACAACAACAACAACAGCCACAACAACAGCAGCAGCAACAACAAGCAAUUGAAGAGAAGGCGCAGGCUAGUAAUACAGACAACAACGGGUCCGCCGGCCAACAAGUUCUUGUACCGAAUUCUACUCUCGCGCAGCAGCUGGCGCAAGGCAAGCUGCAAGUAGCGACGGUCAAUGGUCAACAGGUCAUUGUGAAGCCACUAGGCAACAACCAGGCCCAGAUCGUAGCCCACAUAAAGCAGCAGGGCGACGGAAAUUCGCAUAUCGUCACAAAUAAUACAACGCCUGCAGUAACGGAAACAAGUCCUCAAAGCUCACCCGUAAAGCUACCACAACAACAGCAAACCGUCGUACAACACAGUCCACAACAAGUUAUAGUACAGCAACAGCAGCAGCCACAAAUGAUGCCAAUGCAGGUGGUGCAGCAAGUAUGCCAACCCGUGCAGCCUCAACAACAGCAGGCCUUAAGCAUAGAGGAAAGUUUGCUGCAAAAUCAACCUCCUGGCACGGUCAUCAAAUGUGUAACGGCUCAAGUGCUUCAAACAGAACAUGGUCCACGUAUUGUUCUCCAGGGCCUUGUGGGCAAUGACUUCACUGCGCAACAACUGCAAUUGGUGCAAACGCAGGUCAAGCAACAACUGAUGAAAGCACAAGAAUCUCACGGCAAGUUGGGAGUCCUGGGACCCACAAAAAUCUACUUGGCCGUGCAGCCAGAAACAGCGUCUCAGUCACAGCCGCCACCUUUAACACCUGUGCAUCAGUCUGCAACGCAUCAACAAACCAACAACGUUAGUUGCGCAGUCGCAGAUGCCAGCAGCGACAACAACAACGCAGCUACCAGCUCAACUACCACGUCUACAACUGCUGACGAAGACAACACACUCAACAGCAUCUGCACCACAGUCCCUACAAAUGCCGCUGGCAGCAACAGCGAGCUUCAUCUCGGCCCCAACACCAUUGCCCAAAUUGAUAAGAAUAACACCGUCCCAUGCAGCAACCAUUCAACAGGCACGUUCGUGGAGGGCGUAGAUCAGGCAGAAGAAGACCCAAGUAAAAACGUGAACAAUCCGCAAAUCAUUAAUGAUGAGCAAGUAAAGAGUUUUGUGGUUACAAGCGGAUAUAUACAAGAAUCUAUUUCAAAUGCACUGAAACAAGGAAACCUUAGUCCGGAGCUCGAAGAGAAACUGGAGACCAUGCGCAAGAAGCAGGACUCACAGAAUUUAGGUGAUUGCACGCUGUCCAGCAGGAGUAAUGCGACCUCUGAUGCACCUACAACCUCUGCUCGUCGAAGGACUAUAUCAUCUCGUCAGCAUCAGAAUAGUGAAGAUGCAGAAUGGAAAAUUCGCACGCCCUCAAAGCGACUUGCAACAGCCGUUGUCGUUAAUCACAACAAUAGCGCCCACAAAAAUAAUCGCAGGCAGCAGGAAGAUGCGGCACAGUUAAGCGAACCCAGACAAUCACAGCUGGAACGCCAUAAGGAUUUGCUUAAGAAGAGCAUUUUACGCAAGCGAUCGCUCCUGGAGCGGAAUUUGCAACACGAAAUACGGGAGGAGGUGCAGGUCAAAGUGCAGCGGCAUGUGCGUGCCAUGAGCGUCACUACACCUGAAGAACAGAGUGAGAAUGAGCGAGCCGCCGUAUUUUCUGAUCGGCAUGCAGAUCAUAACUUGGAACAUAAGAGACACCCUAAGCUAUCCAGCAAUCGUAACCACAAUUCAGAAUUAGGCUCAAAUAAUACAAGGCACAGCGUUGGUCGUCCCAAAAAGAUAACCAGGAAGAAAGAAAAGCUAUAUUGUAUUUGCCGCACGCCAUAUGACGAUACAAAAUUUUAUGUGGGGUGUGAUUUGUGCAGUAAUUGGUUCCACGGCGACUGCGUCAACAUCACCGAAGAGGCAUCAAAGAAGCUUUCCGAAUUCAUUUGCACCGAUUGCAAGAAGGCCCGUGAAACUCAACAGCUCUAUUGCAGUUGCCGUCAACCUUACGAUGAGUCACAGUUUUACAUUUGCUGCGAUAAGUGUCAGGACUGGUUCCACGGACGCUGUGUGGGAAUUUUGCAGAGUGAAGCUGAGUUCAUUGAUGAAUAUGUUUGUCCGGAAUGCCAGCGGAAUACGGAUGCCAAUGCGGCGAAUAUGAAAAGUCUAACGUCGCAUGAGCUGCUCGAGCUAAAGGCUUUAAUCAAACAAAUACAGUCCCACAAAAGUGCUUGGCCAUUUAUGGAACCGGUUGAUCCGGAAGAGGCACCAGACUAUUACAAAGUAAUAAAAGAGCCCAUGGAUCUCAAGCAGAUGGAAGCCAAACUAGAAUCGAACACAUACACCAAACUGGCCGAAUUCAUUGGUGAUAUGACAAAAAUUUUUGACAACUGCCGUUAUUAUAAUCCAAAAGAGUCGUCGUUUUACAAGUGCGCUGAGGCACUCGAAUCAUAUUUUGUGCAGAAAAUCAAAAGUUUUCGGGAGAACGUUGUUGGUCAAAAUAAUUGAAAUACAAAAGAUAACAAACAUUUUAAAUGCACCAUUAAGUUUAGUGUUUGGUUUAAUACUUUUCUAACCAUUUGGAAUUUGAAAGAGUUUUAAUAUAAACAAAAACACGAGUACUAAAGUAAAUUAGUAUUAGAAAAUUACACAAUAUACAUACAUAAGAUAUUCAUUCAUUUAAGAAAAUAACUAACAUAAGUAGUCAGAUGAUGUAGAAUGAAAUAUGAAAAUGCAUACAUACACGCAUAUACGCGGAAUAUGCAUACUGAGGAUGGGUGUAAGGCUAGUUUUUAGUGUCGAAGCUUAAAGUAGUUUUAUCUGUGUAUAGCGAUAGUGGAAAUAGGAGCAUUACAAAAACUACAUAAUAAAUAUGUACAUAAGUUCACAAGCAUUUGUUUUAAAACAUUUAAUCAAACAUAACACGUCUGUAAUUUAACUUCUAAGAAAAGGCCUAUACAUACAUACUAGUUUUAUUUAAAGAUGCAUUGUGUAUAUUUUCGGAUGAAUGAUACAGACGGACCAGCAGCAGGUAUAUAAAAAUGUAAUAAAAUAUUUUAAACCCGACCCACGAUCAAUUUUUCUUGAGCUGCUCUAAUAGGCAUCCAAGUCAAUAAUAAAAGGGCGCUCGUUGGUUUGAAUAGC